AUGUGUGGCAACUACCAGCUGGUCAAGUUCCUCCCUUUCCCACUGUACUGUAUAUUCUUUUCAACUAUUCUCCGACCACCAUGAGGGUCUCGCUCGUCGUUAUCGUGGCGCUCGCAUCGACUGCAGCUCACUCGGCACCGAUCCCGAAUCCUAAUCCUCAGCCUUUGCUCGGGUGGCUAAAGUGA